UGUAACCACGCCCUAAUCAGCUGUUUCCUCAAAUUCACCGAAGCUCCUGGGAACAACUUUUCCUCGCUUCUGCCACAGUUCUCACCCUGAACCGGUGGUGGACGUGUCAUUUGAUUUUCUGUGCGCCGUUAAUCCGGCAACAAGUGGCGUCACGAGAUGUCUCUGGCGGCUCAGCGGUGGUGUCCCACGAGCGUCCAGGUAACGGUGCAACAAGCCAGGGGCCUCAGGAUCAAGGGGAAAAGCGGCACGAACGAUGCGUACGCGGUCAUGCAAGUGGCCAAGGAGAAGUUCCAGACCUCGGUGGUGGAGAAGAGCGUGGCACCGGUGUGGCGAGAGGAGGCCGCUUUCGAGCUGCCGCCGCUGUCGCAUCAGGACGGAGGAGGCAAGGAGCGCAGCACGCUGCACGUCCACGUCCUGCACCGGGCCCUGGUGGGUCCGGACAAACUGCUCGGGCAGGCUGUGGUCAACCUGCUGCAGCUCGGCGAAGACAAAACGCGAGAAAAAAUCGAAUGGUUUAAGUUGUUGGACAAGAAUGGCAAGGCAGACAAAGACAGAGGAGAGGUGCUUUUGGACAUCCAGUUCAUGAGAAACAACAUGACUGCCAGCAUGUUUGAUCUCUCGGCUCCUGGCAAAUCCAGAUCUCGCCUGGGCAAGUUCAAGGACAAAGUGCGUGGCAAGAAAAAGGACUCUGACACUGCGUCUGACGUGGUGCCGUCCUUCACCCAAGUUCUGACGGAGAGCGAUGAGGAGGGCACCGGGGACGGGGAGGUAGCAGCGGGCAAGGGAGAUAAAAAGAAGAAACAUAAGAUGACGUCUUUGUUUUCCCACAAGUCUAACCUGCAGAAGAACAUGUCUCAGUCCAUGUCCGUUCUGACUGCGAAGAACUUCUCGCUGAGCGGCAGCCAGUCGUCUGGUCUAAAUGUGGAUUCCUCUGAAGGUAAAAAGAAGUUCAAGUUCCUGAUACAUAAACGCUCAAACAGCUCUGACAGCAAAGAUGCCUCCUCCGGUCACCAAAAACAUGUCGCUACAGAACCGAGUAACGUGUGCAUCAAUGGCAGCCAUGUUUACCGCGAAGAGCUGCCACCCCGGGCCUCUCGCAUCGGCUCAAACUUCAGUCUGGCCAGUUCAGGCCACGGAUCCAUGGAGGAUGUCCCUGAAAGCUCUCCAUCUGUUGAUUCACUCAGGGUGGUGAGGCAAUAUUCACCAUGGACAGAAGAAGAAGAAGAAGAGGAGGAAUUAGAAAACACAAAAGAGAAUGCGGGUCAGCUAAGAAGGGAGGAAGAGGAAAAGCUUAGGGUGGAGGAUGAGAUGAGGAGAAAAGAACAGGAAGAGGAGAAAGUUAGGAGAAAAGAAGAGCUUGAGAGGUUGUCCGAUGAGAAGAGGAGACAAGAGGAGGAAGAAGAAAGGAGGACUGAAGAAGAGAACGUUAAAAGGGAGGAAGAAGAGAGGAUUAGGAGGGAGGAAGAAGAGAGGAGGCGACGACAAGAGGAAGAGAGGGUAAAAAGAGAACAAGAAGAGUACGUAAGAUUGGCGGGGCACGAAUUGCGACUAAAGGAACAAGAAAGACUGAUUGAAGAAGAGAGGGUUAGAAAGGAGGAAGAGGAGAGUAUUAGGAGGGAGGAGCAGAGGGUUCACGAAGAGAGGAGACGAAAGGAAGAGGAAAUGGUGAGAAGGCAAGAAAAGGAACAUGAGGAAAAGAGGAGGUUUCAGGAACAAGAAAGGAGCCGAAAGGAGGAAGAGGAAAUGAUCCGGAUGUCGGAGGAAAGUGCUCGGGAAGAGAGGAGGAGAGAAGAGGAGAGAGUAAGGGUGCAAGAAGAGCAUAAAUUAGCAGAGGAAAAGAGACUGGAGGAAGAAGAAGAAAAAAGGAUUGAAGAAGAGAUAGUUAGAAAGGAGGAAGAGGAGAGGAUUAGGAGUGAGGAGAAGAGGGUUCACGAAGAGAGACGAAAGGAAGAGGAAAUGGUGAGAAGGCAAGAAAAGGAACAUGAGGAAAAGAGGAGGUUUGAGGAACAAGAAAGGAGCCGAAAGGAGGAAGAGGAAAGGAUCCGGAUGUCGGCGGAAAGGGCUCUGGAAGAGAGGAGGAGACGAGAGGAAGAGGAGAGAGUAAGGGGACAAGAAGAGGAGUGUAAAUUGGUAGAGGAAAAGAGACUGGAGGAAGAAGAAAGAAGGAUUAAAGAAGAGGAAAAUGAAAGGAUCAGGAGGGAGAAGGAGAUGGCUGAGGAAGAGAGGAAGAGACUAGAGGAAGAAGAGAUGAGGAAGAUACAAGAGGAAGAAGAGAUGAGGAAGAUGCAAGAGGAAGAAGAGAUGAGGAAGAUACAAGAGGAAGAGAUGAGGAAGAGACGAGAGGAAGAAGAGGAGAUGAUGAGACGACGAGAAGAAAAGCAUGAGGAAAAUAGAAGACUUGAGGAACAAGAAAGGAGGCGAAGAGAGCAUGAGGAAGGGAUUAAGAAAGAGGAGGAGAAGAAGGCUAGGAGGGAAAAGGAAGAAUAUGGGAGAUUGGUAGAGGGAAAGAGGAAACUAGAGGAGGAAGAAGGAAAAAGGAUUAAGGCAGAGGAGAAGAUUAGACGUGAGGAGGAAGAAAGGUUAAGGGUGGAGGAAGAAAGGAGGAAGGAAGAAGAGGGGGUUAGGAGGCAAGAAGAAGAGCGCGAGCAGUUAGCAGAGGAAAAGAGGAUGCUAGAAGAACAAGAAAGGAGACUUGAGAAGGAAAGAAAGCAAAGGGAGGAGAUGAGAAGACAAGAGGAAGAGGAGAACAGUAGGAAAGAAAAGGAAGAAAAUGAGAGAUUGGUCGUAGAAAAAAUGAGGCAACAGGAACAAGUGAGGAGAAGGAUGGAAGAAGAGGAGAAAAGUAAAAGGAAAGCAGAGGAGAAAGCUGAAAGGGAGAGGAAAGAAGAGGAGGCUAGAAAGCUGGAGAAGGAGAAAUUAAAAAGAGAAGUCGAAGGGCAGAAGAUGGACAAUAAACCUAAAUGCAAAGCUGCAGGGAAGAAACCUGCAGUGGAAAUCCCUGCAGAAGUCACGUCUACUAAUCCAUUUGACGAAAUUGUUUCCAAUAAUCCCUUUGAGGAGAUUCCCGACUCACCUGGACCCGACCGCAGCGCAGCCACGCUGCCAACUGUCAAACAAAGGGUUCAAUCUGCAGCCUCGUCGGUAGGAAGCAAGCCUGUUUCCUCUGAUGAAAAGGACCCGAUCAACACCCAACGGGAGAGGCGACCGGCUCCUCAGCCUCCAGGAAGGAAUCAAGCUGAGAGGCUGCAGGACGGAGCGACACAACAGCCGCCACAAAGUAACAAGAAGGGUAAAGACAAAGGCAUCAAAACAGUCAGCGUUUUCCCUCAGCGCUCGGUGCAAAUGAUUGCUCCUCUGGGUAGGUCUCCCACUGAGAAAAAGAACAACCAGAGCUUGGCACAAAGUUGUGCCACCAAAGAAGCCUCAAAUGUGUUGAAACAGGGUAAACGUACUGCUCCAGCUAGACCUCGUUCUGUGGAAGAAGAGCCAUCAUCGGAGCACAAAACAGCCCUUUCUUCUGAUGACAACAUUUCCCAUGAAUGUGGCUCUGAGGCCAAACGAGUCUCUAUCGUUUAUGGUUUGAAUCCAUUUGAAGACGGUGACGUUGAAAAUGCCUCCCAAGAGGAUUCAACCGCCUCUGGUAAUACUGGUUCAGUAAAAUGGCCUCCAGUUGUGUCACAAGCUGCUGAUAAGGAUGCUGCAUCUCAAGCGAAAACCAAAUCCUCAAAAGCCCACGCUCCCCAACUUCCUACAACGAUGGCCGCCGCUCCGAGCACUUCAAUCCACCAACACACUGAGAGGGGGCACGUUACAGAUGGUGCCGGUGUGACUGUUAACAGUGGAACCCCCCUCGCAUGUGACUCUGCGUCAGAGGCCGUGAGUCCUGUGCGUGUCCCGGAGGCUCCUCUGCAAGAGUCCCAGCCAGUGCCAGUGCAGAGUGCCAGGGAGGACGCAGGUGGGACGAAGGUGGGGCCGCUGACAACGUCACGCAGGCUUCAGCCUGUAAAACCCCUUGAUCCUUUGGAACAGCAGUCUGUUUCAGUUGUUAAAGGGCUAAAAGAUAACCGUUCCACAGGCAUCCCUUGUGAAGUCCAGGUAAAAACGAAGGUAAAUGGCACUGGGCUGAAAGGGCCCUACUCGCAGCUGACUCGGGGGGAACUCAUCUCUCUGGUGCUCAAACAAGAAAAGCAGCUGUCGGAGAGAGACACAAAAGUAUCUGAACUGGAGAAGUACAUUGACGACUUGAUUGUGCGGGUCAUAGAAGAGAAACCAAGUAUUCUCAUGUCCCUGAACUCUCUGAAAAAAGCUACCUAGGUGGAAUCACAGCUGACUUUAUCUCCUCUGGUCCUAAUUGGUUCAGACACAGUAAUCUGACAGUACCGCAACAGAAACUACAAGAUACUUGUGAAUUAUAUUGUUAAAGGUAGCUGGAGUACAAGUUUGGAUUUACAAGGUUUCACAAUAUUGGCAAAUGAAUAAUAACAAUGAUUUAAAUAUAUUUUGUAAAAGACAUCUUGCAGAAGCUGAUAACGUUUCAGCUCAAAUAUUUUCAAUUGGGGGGGAUUAUAUUAAUUUGCAGUCAAAGAUGUUAAUGAGUACAAAGAUGAUCUAUAUUUUUCUAAAUAUUUAGCAAUAUUUCUUGACACUCUCCUGCAUUAUGUACAUGUGUGAAUUAAAUUAUUUCCAGAAAUGACUUGCCAACAUUAUUAAUUACUGUAUGUAAUGGUAUACAAUUAAAUUGUUUUUCUAUAGAGUGUUAGCUUCCUUUACCCUGGAGAUAUCUUCAAUGUGAAGAACGGCCUUCUUUUAUUUUCCAAACUAUGCACAAGUUUCAUCGUUAACAUGUCUUGCUCUUGUAUUGAAUGUUAAGGUUUACAUGAUUCUACUAACCCCCAAAAGGCACUUUACGCUUCUUACACUGUUAACAUGAUGUUCACUGAAUUAUCGCACUGUUGUGGUAUUAAAAUGUGCAAAAUUAAAUAAAGUUGUCUUUUUCU